CGGUGCCACGCCGGCUGGGAGCAGGCUCGGGUGGCUGAACAGCUCGGCGUGUCGCGCGGCACGGUCAGCAAGUGGCUGGCUCGCUACGAGGCCGAAGGCCCGGCCGGGCUCGAGGAUCGCCCUUCGCGUCCGCAUCGCCUGGCCAACCAGACUGCGCCGCAGGUCGAGGCCCAGGUCCUCGAGCUGCGCCGGGAUCGGCAUCGGGGGGCGGUGUUCCUGGCCGGUGAGCUCGGGCUGGUCGCCUCGACCGUGGGUCGGGUCCUGGCUCGUCACCGGGUCCCGGCGCUGGCCAGUAUCGACCCGAUCACCGGGCUGGCGGUGCGGCGGCACCGCGGUGGGCCGCGCUACGAGCGCCGCCGGCCCGGCGAGCUGCUCCACGUCGAUGUGAAGAAGCUCGGUCGGGUCCCCGACGGUGGUGGGUGGCGUCUGCACGGGCGCAGCGAGGCGGUCCGCGGUCGCGGGAUCGGCUACGACUUCUUGCACGUCGCGGUCGACGAUCACUCUCGGCUGGCCUACAUCGAAGCGCUGCCCGACGAGCGCGACCUGACCUGCGCGGGGUUCCUGCACCGCGCCGCGACCUGGUUCCACACCCGCGGAGUUCGCGUCGAGCGGGUGUUGACCGACAACGCCCUGACCUACCGCCAGGGGCGGAACUGGCGCGCGGUCUGCGUCGGGCUGGGCAUCCGGCGCCGGUUCAUCAAACCCGGCUGCCCCUGGACGAACGGGAAGGCCGAGCGGCUCAACCGCACCCUGCUCACCGAGUUCGCCUACGCCCGCCCCUGGACCAGCAACCACCAGCGGCUGACCGCCCUCGACAGCUGGGUCACCGACUACAACACUCGCCGGGCCCACUCCGCACUCGGCGGCCAGCCACCCGUCACCCGACUCGCCAGCUAA